AUGCCCGGCAUAGCCCCAGAGGUCAUCAGCCAUAAACUCAGCAUUUCCCCCGCUUAUAAACCAGUAAGGCAGAAGCGCCGAUUAUACGAUACCGAACGAUAUGAAGCAAUGCGUACGGAGGUCGAUAAACUCCAAACCAUCGGCUUCAUCCGGGAGGCAACGUACCCGGUAUGGCUGGCAAAUUCCGUGAUGGUGCGAAAGUCCACAGGCGGGUGGCGAAUGUGCCAGGACUAUACCGAUCUCAACAAGGCCUGCCCGAAAGACAGCUUUCCGUUACCACGGAUAGACCAGCUUGUGGACGCCACUGCCGGCCACGAAUUGCUGAGCUUCAUGGACGCCUAUUCCGGCUACAAUCAGAUAUUCAUGCACCCUCCCGAUAGCGAACACACCGCAUUCAUAACAGACAAAGGGUUGUACUGUUACAAUGUCAUGCCGUUCGAAAAGGCCGAGCUACCGAUUUUUUAUGUCAGUAAGGCACUCCAGAGUGCUGAACUUCGGUAUCCCCCAUUAGAGCAGCUGGCACUAGCUCUUGUCGUCUCCGCACGAAGACUUCGGCCAUACUGCCAGGCGCACGGAAUCAAAGUCCUAACCAACCAACCGCUCCGGCAAGUGCUCCAGAAAUCGAAAAUUUCUGGCCGAUUGAUCAAGUGGGCGAUCGAACUCGAAGAAUUCGACAUACAGAUCGUUCUGAGGCCCGCCGAAAAGGGCCAGGCUGUUGCCGAUUUUAUCUCCGAGCUUACCCCAUCAACAGCACAGUCGACGCCCGAAGCGGGUUUGCACGUCGAUGGCUCGGCAAACCAACAAGGAUGCGGAGCGGGCUUGGUACUGACAACACCGGACGGACUCAAGAUCGAGUACGCCCUCCGAUUCAACUUCCGAACCUCCAACAAUGAAGCGGAAUAUGAAGCCCUCUUGGCCGGCCUUCGGUUAGCCAAGAGCAUGAAUGCAAAGCAAAUCCGAAUUCACAGCGACUCCCAGCUCAUUGUGAACCAGGUAACGGCAGACUUCGCCGCCAAGGAUGCCUCCAUGCACGCCUACCUUUCAACCGCCCAUCAGCUACUCCAAAGCUUCCAAGCCUACAAGAUCAAACAGAUCCCCAGAGGCGAAAACAGCCAUGCCGAUGCACUGGCGCGCCUGGCUUCGGCGAUAAACGACAAGGUCGGAAGAAAGGUACCGGUGGAGAUUCUUGCCCAACCGAGUACGGUAGCCUCCGAAACGUGUACCGUACGGUAUGAGGAUACAUGGAUGUCUCAUAUCUACUUGUACCUGACGAACGGCACCCUUCCUGAAGAUAAGGCCCAGGCCCGGAAGCUUAGAUACCGAUCAGCAAGGUACACUGUCAUCAACAAUGUGCUUUACAAGCGUGGCUACACCACCCCAUAUCUCAAAUGCCUUACGGCAGAACAGGGGGACUACGUCCUUCGGGAGAUCCAUAACGGUGUGUGUGGCGACCAUUCCGGGUCCCGAUCCCUCGCCUACAAAGCCUUUCGGCAGGGAUACUUUUGGCCUACCAUGCACCAGGACGCUAAUUCACUUGUGAAGAAGUGUGACAAAUGCCAGCGCUUCGGUAACGUUCCGCAUAUCCCUGCCGAACCUCUGACACCGAUUGUAAGCCCUUGGCCUUUCGCACAAUGGGGACUGGACCUGAUCGGUCCAAUGCCGCAAGGCAAGGGGCAG